CGUGUCAAAUGCGACGAGACAGUACCCAAUUGUUUGAAUUGCCUCCGAGGUGGCGCCACUUGCCCGGGAUACCGCAGGCCGGUCAAAUGGUCAGGAAAGCACGAGGUUCUCCGAAGUCGAGAUCAACGUCCGGCAGCGGGAGAUAGCAUGGAACCCUUCUGGAACGUUUUCGAAGAGGAAGCCUCACGACUCCAUGCUGCAUUGGUGGCUGAGGCCGCGUCUCCACGUCACGAGAUGGUAUCCUCGUCGCCUGGGAGGAGUAUUGUGAGCGAGCCUAUAGGGGCUAUAUCAAGUCAAGAUCAUUAUCUCCUUGGAACAGGGCUUCUUGAAAUAAACGCAGCGCCAGAACUCCUUCUAGAUGAUGACAAUGUGGGUUGGCCGGGAUGGGUAAGCGAGCAGUCUAGUGCCGAGUUCCCUAUAACGGCAUCUCAAGGCUAUAUCCUUGACUCAACCGACUGCACACAAUCUUUCGAUAUCGACAGCAGAAUUUGUGGACCAACCCCUGAACAUGAGCUCAUACAUGAGAUCAAUCCGCCGUGUCACUCGUUAUCACCGAUCAACUCACGAGAAGAUUACCUAGUCAACUAUUAUUUUUCUUUGGUCUGCGUUAUAAAUUCCGGUUUCGACUCGCCUGACAAUCCCUUCCGCAUGGUGGUAGCUGACAUGAUCUGGGCUCAUCCUCUGAUACUAAAUUGCAUGCUUUCUAUGUCAGCUGCUCAUAUGUACCAGCGACAGCAUGUUUUGUCAACGGAGGCGCUCCAGCAUCGCACGACAGCGAUAUCUGUCCUAUCUUCGGAAAUCUCGGAGCCAUCGAGUAAGAAUCAACCUGGGUCUGAAUCGCGCUUGGUGACUGCCCUGUUGGGCACUAUCUUGCUUGGAACAACCUCUGAUGGCAUGCAGUCCUGGCAUGAUGCUUCGUCGACAGACACCUCAUUUCUUUUCGGGGCACGUGCUCUCUUAAAAGAAUUGACAUUGAAUCAUUAUUCUGCGCCUGAGAAUUAUUUGGCUACCGAUCGAUGUCGUUCUUCUCCAACAGUCAGGUUCAUGAUUGGAAUUGUAGCCUACUGGGAAGCUAUCUCCUCUUUCCAUAUUGAUCAAGAACCAUCAGCAGUUGACUAUCUCUUGCCAUUGUGUGAUUGGGUAGAACAUCAAGGCUCACAACCACAUCCAUGGACGGGCAUCAGUAUGCCAUUAUUUAUAUACAUGGCCCAAGCAGGAUCUAUCACUCGCCAAGAACGUUUGGUCCAUCGCAUUCGUACGGAGUCAUCUUCAGACGAUACCAAGCGAACAUUCAGGGCUGCGCUUUUGAGGAGCGCAAGGCGUGUCAUCGACAAUGUGCGGGAGUAUAAAACACCACCAACCGAACAGUUCGAAGAAACGAGUGACUCUCAGACGCCGUUGCACCAUUUUCAGACUAUUGAUCAGGUAUAUCAACUCUCUAUUAUUCUGGAACUAUACCGAGUAUUUCCCGAAUUAGUGGAGGACGGAGAAAAUAUCUUAUAUGAUGCAGGGGGCAUACCGAUCGCCGUACCUACUACGGAGUCAUUAAGCCGCAGGUUUGGGGUGAUGGUCACCCUUGCGACCAAUAUUUUAACCCUUUUAUCUUCAUUACCGGAAUCCUCAGGUACAAGAGCUAUUCAAUUACCAGCUCUUAUGAUUGCUGGUAGCGGUUUGCAGUAUGUUAGCGAAGAGAAUACGAGCAUUCUUCCCGAAACUGGAAACGCCUAUCAGGGAGUCGUUUCCUUAUUUUGUAAGAAAGCCGUUGUUUUGCACUGGAGAACGGCAGUGAUAGGUAGACUGAAGAUGUUGGACCGCUACGUUGGACUGGACUCGGUAGAUCGCGGAAUUAAGAUCAUAGAGCAUGUAUGGCUAAAAGCUGACACGUUGGCCGAGCCGAAACAACGGACGACAGUUCAGAAUAUCACGAUGGUUCACUGGGUGGAUAUUAUGUGGGACAUGAAGUUGGAAACUCUUCUUGGUUAG